CAGUCUCUGAGGAGCCGUUGAAUAGAGCGGUCGUAAAAUGGGAUUGUGUUUGUUGCUGUUAAUCGGUCUGGGCACAUUAAUCUUCUGGCUAUAUAGAAUCAACAAGGAUUACUAUGUCUUGGCAUUCUUCGCAAGGCGAGUACGCACCAAUGAUGGUCGUCCCUUAGAGAGCAUUGCUCCGGUUGCCAAGGGACGCACAAUAUUUGGGAACAGCUUUGAUCUGUCUGGCAAAAGCGAUGCUGAGGUAUUUGAGGUAAUGAGCAAUAGGGCUAAGCAAAUAGGUCGCAGUUAUCUGGCAUAUGCCAUGGGUGUAACCGUAUAUAACAUUAUCGAUGCGGAGAACGUCGAACUAAUUUUAAAUGAUCCGAGUCUAAUAUCCAAAAGUCUGGUCUAUGAAUUUUUACAUCCAGCUGUACGCACUGGUCUACUAACAUCAACAGAUAAGAAAUGGCAUACGAGACGCAAGAUGUUAACGCCCACUUUCCAUUUUAAUAUCUUGACGCAAUUUGAAGAGAUUUUCAAAGUGGAAAGUCUAAAGUUUGUGAAGCAGUUUGAGGGUCAAGCUGAGAUUUCUAUCUCUCUAAGUGAGCUCAUUCCCAGAUUCACAUUGAACAGUAUUUGUGAGACUGCCAUGGGCGUUAAACUGGAUGAUAUGGCUGCCAAAGGUGAUACGUAUCGCGUGAAUAUUAGCAUGAUUGAGAAAACAUUUGUCAGGCGUCUGAGCAAUCCCAUUUUUUGGAAUAAUACGCUUUAUAAUCUGUUUGGGGCCAGGAAGGAUGUGCCCUUCCUCGACGGAGUGCAUGAAUUCUCUAGUGAGAUUAUAGCCAAGCGCCGUAUAAUGCUAGAAGAGCUGCUCAAGGACAAUAAAAACGUUCAAAAUGCUGAUGAUGAUAUUUACAUUAAGAAGAAGCAACGCUUUGCCAUGCUGGAUACGCUCAUCUUGGCAGAAAAAGAUGGAUUAAUUGACCAUGAGGGCAUUUGCGAGGAAGUGGACACUCUCAUGUUUGAGGGCUUCGAUACCACAUCCAUCGGUCUUAUAUUCGGACUUAUGAACAUGUCCUUAUAUGCGGACAAACAGGAGCUCUGCUAUCAGGAGAUAAACGAACAUAUAGCUGAUGACUUCAGCAACUUGGAUAUUAAUCAGCUAUCGAAACUUAAGUAUUUGGAGUGCUUUGUGAAGGAAACUUUACGCAUGUUUCCCUCGGUUCCCUUCAUGGGUCGUAGAGCAAUUCGAGAAACGGAGCUGGCUAAUGGCUUAAUACUACCAGCUGGCUGCAACAUCACGAUUCAUGUCUUCGCGCUGCAUCGUAAUCCCAAAUACUGGGCUUCACCCGAAGAGUUUCAACCCGAACGAUUUCUUCCCGAAAACAGCAAGGAUCGUCACACCUUUGCCUAUGUUCCCUUCAGCGCUGGACAACGCAAUUGCAUAGGUCAAAAGUAUGCCAUGCUGGAAAUGAAGACACUGCUGAUUGUGAUCCUCAAGCUGUAUAAAGUAUUGCCACUUGUCGAUAAAAAGGAAUUUGCUUUUAGCGUCGGCAUCACACUUAGUUGCAAAAACAAUAUUAAAGUGAAAUUAGUUAAGCACUGGUUUCAACGCAGAAGCGGUCGUAAAAUGGGAUUGUGUUUGUUGCUGUUAAUCGGUCUGGGCACAUUAAUCUUCUGGCUAUAUAGAAUCAACAAGGAUUACUAUGUCUUGGCAUUCUUUGCAAAGCGAAUACGCACCAAUGAUGGUCGUCCCAUAGAGAGCAUUGCUGCGGUUUCCAAGGGACGCACAAUAUUUGGAAACAGCUUUGAUAUGUAUGGCAAAGGCAUUGCUGAUGUAUUUGAUGUAUUGCUCGCCAAGAAUAAACAAAUCGGACGCAGUUAUUUGGAAUAUGCCAUGGGUAUCGCCGCAUACAAUAUUAUCGAUGCGGAGAGCGCUGAACUGAUUUUAACUGAUCAGAAUCUAAUAACCAAAGGUCUGGUCUAUGAGUUUCUAAAACCAGCUUUACGCACUGGACUGUUGAUAUCGACAGAUAAGAUAUGGCAUACGAGACGCAAGAUGUUAACGCCCACUUUCCAUUUUAAUAUCUUGGGACAAUUUGAAGAGAUUUUCAAAGUGGAAAGUCUAAAGUUUGUGAAGCAGUUUGAGGGUCAAUCUGAGAUUUCUAUCUCUCUAAGUGAGCUCAUUCCCAGAUUCACAUUGAACAGUAUUUGUGAGACUGCCAUGGGCGUUAAACUGGAUGAUAUGGCUGCCAAAGGUGAUACGUAUCGCGUAAAUUUUAGCAUGAUUGAGAAAACAUUUGUCAGGCGUCUGAGUAAUCCCAUUUUUUGGAGUGAUACGCUUUAUAAUCUGUUUGGGGCCAGGAAGGAUGCGCCCUUCCUCGACGGAGUGCAUGAAUUCUCUAGUGAGAUUAUAGCCAAGCGCCGUAUAAUGCUAGAAGAGCUGCUCAAGGACAAUAAAAACGUUCAAGAUGCUGAUGAUGAUAUUUACAUUAAGAAGAAGCAACGCUUUGCCAUGCUGGAUACGCUCAUCUUGGCAGAAAAAGAUGGAUUAAUUGACCAUGAGGGCAUUUGCGAGGAAGUGGACACUCUCAUGUUUGCAGGAUUCGAUACCACAUCCAUCGGUCUUAAAUUCGGACUUAUGAACAUGUCCUUAUAUGCGGACAAACAGGAGCUCUGCUAUCAGGAGAUAAACGAACAUAUAGCUGAUGACUUCAGCAACUUGGAUAUUAAUCAGCUAUCGAAACUGAAGUAUUUGGAGUGCUUUGUGAAGGAAACUUUACGCAUGUUUCCCUCGGUUCCCAUAAUAAGUCGUAAAGCAGUUCGGGAAACGGAGCUGGCUAAUGGCUUAAUACUACCAGCUGGCUGUAACAUCACUGUUCAUAUCUUUGCGCUGCAUCGUAAUCCCAAAUACUGGACUUCACCCGAAGAGUUUCAACCCGAACGAUUUCUGCCCGAAAACAGCAAGGAUCGUCACCCCUUUGCCUAUGUUCCCUUCAGCGCUGGACAACGCAAUUGCAUAGGUCAAAAGUAUGCCAUGCUGGAAAUGAAGACACUGCUGAUUGUGAUCCUCAAGCAGUUCAAAGUAUUGCCACUUGUCGAUCCAAAGGAUUUGGGUUUCAACGUGGGCAUCACAUUGCGUUCUCGCAACGACAUAAAAGUGAAACUAGUUAAGCGUAAUUAGUCACUAAAUUGAGUUUAUUAAUUUAGUACAUUUUUGCAAAUCAUCCAAUGAA